UGGGCACAAUCUUUUUGCGGGCUCAUAUUUUCGACCUGGCAUUUGCAUGGUGGAUUAAACACUCACAUUAGUUUUAGCCUAGUUGUAUAUUUGUGCUAUCUGAACAAUUGUGGAUUAUUAAAGGACUCGCAUUAUGCUAAACGAUGAUGACCAUUUGGUCACUGAAGCGCGCAGCCGUAUGUUGGAUUAAGAGCCAGAGACUUUCCACCGCUCUAGUACCAAUCACCUGUUUAUUCUCCUGAGACACUUUGACCUGUUUCCCAACUAUUGACGCGCUGGGAUGGAGAGUGAGCUGAGACCCAGGGUCUGUUACCUGACCAAAGGAGAGCGCGGCUAUGGGUUUCACCUGCACGGUGAGCGGAAUAAAGGCGGUCAGUUCAUCCGCAAAGUGGAGCCCGGCUCCUCGGCUGACCUGGCGGGGCUGCGACCUGGAGACCGGGUGGUGGAGGUGAACGGGGAGAAUGUGGAGAACGAAACCCACCAUCAAGUGGUGAAUCGUAUCCGUGAGGUGGCUCACCGCACUAGGCUGCUGGUGGUGGACAGAGACACUGAUGACCACUUCCGUAGACAUGGCCUGGCCUGCACCGAGGACCUGGCCAUUGAGAUGGGAACACUUUCUCCACGCCCUUCACCCAAACCUGCCCCUUGUACCUCUCCCUUACCCAAAAAGACCCUGUCACCAAAACCCAACCACACACACUCAUUUCACCGUCCUGCUGCAGGCUCACCCACACAAACUAUCACACACGGCAAGGCCAAGAGAUCCUCAGAGACAUCAAGUACCGCGACAGAUACAGAGGCGCAGCUCUCACCGGAGCCAACAGCUGAGCUCCUUCCACGUCUGUGUCACCUGGUGAAGGGGGAGAAGGGCUAUGGCUUCAACCUACACAGCGAUAAGACAAAGGGUGGACAGUUUGUGCGUUCAGUGGACCCUGGCUCAGCUGCUGAGAGUGCAGACAUCAGGCUUGGAGACAGACUAGUGGAGGUGAAUGGAGUGAACAUAGAGGGCCUGAGGCACUCAGAGGUGGUUGCACUAAUUAGAGCAGGAGGGGAGGAAGUGCGCCUACUAGUGGUUGAUCAGGAGACAGACGAGCUCUUCCACACCCUGGGCAUCACACCCGCCACCAGCCAUGACAAAGAGGUCUAUGUGGAAGAAUCAGCCACAGAAAGCGCAUCACCCACCCCCUCUUCGACCUCUGAACUCCCUGCCACAGGUCCACCAAUCAUAAACGUCACACUGACAGACUCCCCAAACACAGACGAGACUCCAAAAUCCCGGGCCAACAGGAGCUCAGCAUCCUCAAGAAGUUCUACCACCCAAUCAGAGAUCAGCAGCUCGGUCCCCGAUGAGAAUGACAGGCGUGUUUCGGACCCUUUCAUUGACAGUGGCCUGAGACUGAGUCCCACAGCUGCUGAGGCUAAACAAAAGGCCCUCGCCAACCGCAACAAGAAGAGAGCACCUCCUAUGGACUGGAGCAAGAGACAAGAGAUCUUCAGCAAUUUCUGACCCCUUGUACCUUGAAUUUGUACUGUGCUUGAGUGCAAAUUUGAGUUUCUCCAGUAUAGUAGCCUACUAGUGUUUACUUUUUACUCCACUACAUUUGUCUGAUAGUACCUUUUCAAACCAUGUAUCUCCAAAUUUGAUCAUUUUUUAUUCUUUUGAUAAAUUGAAGCAUUAAAGGACCAGUGUGUAGGAUUUAGUGGCAUCUAGCAGUGAGGUUGCAGAUACUAAUGGACUGAAGACUCCUUGCCACAGAGUCCCCUUCCUAGCAUGUGGAAGAGAACCCGCUCCAUCUCUUCUUCUAAGGCUUAUUGUAAGUCACCCAAGUCAAAACAACCAAUCAGAGCCAGGAUAAUAGUAAAACACAGACAGGUACCAUUUUACUGCAUAAUGAGUAAUUUUACUUUUGAUGCUUUAAGUAAAUGUUGCUGAUAAUACUUACAUACCUUUAAAGUAAGAUUUUGAAAGCAGGACUUUGACUUGUAGUAGAGUAUUUUCACAAUGUGGUAUGAUACUUUUAAGAAAGUAAAGGAUCUGAAUACUUCGUUCCCCACUGCCAGAAUGCAAAGAGAAAAAUAUAUAUUAUGAUAAUAAUAUGAUUCUUCACUGCUCAUAUUGUUAUCUCAAGUACUGGUCCAAUCCAAGGAAAAAGAGGCAGGUAGUGACAUUAGUAGUAAUACAAUUAAAUUCUGUUCUGUGUCCACUAUAAGAUAUCAAAUAGUAUUAUCUAUAGAUGCUUACUUUACAGUAUCUAUAAGGAUGGACAACAUUCUGUGGAUGUGUCAGAAAUCUUCCAACACACUGCAUUAAACAAUGGCAUUAAUGACUGGCAGACCUUCUACUGAGAGACUUAUUCAUGCAAAUGGUGCCCGGUCAGUACACAAAGUUUCUCUUUAUUAAAUCAUAAUUCAGAGCCAUGAGUAGCGACUCAUAUAACAGCAUAUAUGCACUAUGUUUGUUUUUGCUGCAGAUACGCUUUUCUGUUGUAGUUUUUAAAUAGUUUUAUGUAUUUCAAUUUACAGUGAGCAGAUCAGAUGUUUAAAGGACAGAUGCUGAUCUCUUGUAGCUUUUUGAGGAAUUAUCUCCAAAAUGUGCUUGCC